GUGGACUUGUGUGACGCCCAUUGUGAGGCUCGAGCUGCUGUUGUCGGUGACUGACUGCUAGCUCCGCUUUAGCCUAGCCUCAGCUAUCUUAGGUGUGACGGGCUGCACACACCGGACGGGAGGCACCGCUUCGUCGGACGCUUUUCCAUCCGUCUGUGUCGGUGCUUUUGCGACCCAAUGUUGCCACGGGAGGACACCGACAACCUGAGACAAAGCACUCCGUGAAUGAGUGGCGCCACAGACGGAAGGAUACUCAGAGGAAGGAGCCGUUUUCUGCAUCGUUCUUGUGUAACAGCUGUUCUCCAUCUGCUGUUCAGAUUGCAACAGAGCUUGACGGUCCGGCCGUUGCCAUGUCGACCUCAUCGCUACGGCGACAAGUAAAGAACAUCGUCCACAACUAUUCAGAGGCUGAAAUCAAGGUUAGAGAGGCGACAUCCAAUGAUCCAUGGGGCCCAAGCAGCUCUCUGAUGUCAGAGAUUGCAGAUCUGACUUACAAUGUUGUUGCCUUCUCGGAAAUCAUGAGCAUGGUAUGGAAGCGCCUCAACGACCACGGCAAGAACUGGAGACAUGUAUACAAGGCUAUGACUCUUAUGGAGUACCUAAUUAAGACGGGUUCAGAACGUGUUGCCCAACAGUGUCGAGAGAACAUAUACGCUGUCCAGACCCUCAAGGAUUUUCAGUACAUAGACAGGGAUGGAAAAGACCAGGGAGUGAAUGUGCGAGAAAAAGCUAAACAGCUUGUGACGCUGCUGAAAGAUGAAGAGAGACUAAGAGAGGAGAGGAUCCAUGCCCUCAAAACCAAAGAAAAGAUGGCACAGACCUCCAGUGCCUCCUCUGCUCCCUCAGCGCCCAGCCUUGGCGGCAGCCUGUCGCUGGGCUCCCAUUCUGGAGGGGCAGAUCCGGAGCAGGCCUGGCCCCAGAGCUCUGGAGAGGAAGACCUGCAGCUCCAGUUGGCUUUGGCCAUGAGUAAAGAAGAAGCAGAGCAGCCUAGCACGGACCCUCUGGAGGAUGCAGAGCUCCGCUAUGCAAUCACACUCAGCAAAGAGAUCCACCAAAAGGAGGAACGACUGCGCAGGGGUGACGACCUGAGACUCCAGAUGGCCAUUGAGGAGAGCAAGAGAGAAAAGCCCAAGUCAGAGGAGAGCGCUCUGAUGGAGUUGAGUGCCGUGGACCCCUGGGGGACUCCGGCUGCAGCCACUGUGGGCUCUGCUGGCGCCUCUCCACCACCCACAGUUCCCGCCCCGGCUUCUUCGGGCCCAUGGGGUCCAGCCCCGACAGACCCGUGGGGUGUGGCGUCACCCACGUCGCCAACGACCUCUGACCCCUGGGCUGGGGGAGCUGCACCCACUAUAGCCCCUCCUCCAGACCCAUGGGGAGAGACAUCUAACAGAGUUAACAACGUUGAUCCCUGGGGAAACUCGGCUGUUACACCCCCCAGUGCCGACCCCUGGGGUCCCCCAGUGCCUCCCAGCACUUCCUCCUCGGGGGGGCCAGUAGAUCCCUGGGCAAGGGAUGGGCCCGUCCCUGCCACUGACUCUAUCACUUCUGACAUCUGGAGUGGCACCGCCAAACAAACUAAUGGCACAGGAGACCCAGAGCGACGAGGCUCCUCAACCGGAGGCGGUGAUAGUACAGGCUCACCGGUGCCAUUUGACCUCUCAUCUCUUGGUUCUUCACUUCCUGUUCGUAAGACGCCCGAGUCCUUCCUUGGCCCCAACGCAGCACUGGUGGAUCUUGAUUCUCUUGUGUCAUCUAAACCCAAACCCAAGCAGCCGCCUCCUCCUUCCAUCUCUUCCUCAUCAGCGCACAACCCCUUCCUCCAAGGCACAGGCUCAUCUCCGGCUCCUGGCAUGGCUGUGACACCAGGAAGCACCAUCUCCAGUAGGGGUGUUUCACCAACACCAGCCUCUUCCAAUCCGUUCGGCAUGGCCCCACCCAUGACCUCCAUCUCACCCCAGCCCUCAUCUCUUGGUUUGAGUGGGCUCCGUACUAGUCCCGUCCCUCCCAAUCCCAUGCUGGGCAUGGUGCAACCAGGAAUGGGCAUGGGGCCAAUGAGUGUGGGUAUGGGGGCUCCAGGGAUGGGCCUGGGAAUGAUGCAGCCCAGCCCUAUGAGCAUGCCCUACACUGGGCUCUCGCCUAUGGCACCUCCUGGCUCAGCUCUGUUGGGGCCUGGAGUUGCAACACCUCCUCAGUUGAUUUUGGGUGGGCCCGGUGGAACCGGAGGAGUGUUGGGGGCUGGAGGAUCAGUUGGAAGUGGAGGGACGACGGGAGCCAGCACCAACCCUUUUCUUCUUUGAGGAAGUGUCGCCACUACUUCGCUCACCUGUUUAAACCUCUUCUGUCAAACCUGCUGCCCCCCCUAACACGAGUCAUGUCCAAAAAGAGAAAUGUCUACAUCUCUAUAUUUAAAGAAAAAUAUAAAAAAUCAAAAAUCUUUCCUUCAAAAGCAUUAUUUCAUUUCAGAUUAAAUUUCCACAUUUAGUUCCUUUUCAUUUCAUUAUAGUUUAUUUUUGGGUGUAAAUGGAGAUCUAUUUAUUUAGUUUUAAUCAUCGUCUGUUCUAUUCUGUCUUUCAUGUUGUGUUGUUUUUCAGUCCCGGUUGAUAUGAAGGUAAGUCAGAAGCAGAAAGCUUUUUCAGUAGUGCCACUCAACUCUAUUCUUCUAUUACUGCACUGAGAAAGAGGGAGAGGGAACAUAGCCACUAACAAACUGAACAGAGAAACUGUUGUACCUGCCUCUUCCUCUGGUCUCAAUCUAGAACGAAGAUGAACACUGAAUCACAAAAUCAUGAAAUGAGUGCAUGACGGAUUCAAUGAACUCCAGAUGCGGACUGAAAAACCUGCUUUAACAUUUCAGGCACAGUGUGGUCAAAUUGUUUCAACUAUUUCACUUUUUAAUUUAAUUUAAUGUUAAAUGUAAUUUAUUUCUUUCCAUUUUUUUGGAAACAAAUAAACAAGGAAAAUUAAACAUGAUGAUGCCAUUAAAAUCAUGUGCUUAUUUUUUUUCUUCUUCAUUAUUGUAGAAAACUAAAGAGAGCUCUGACAUCUGUGGUAUAAUGAGGAAACUGAUGGCAUGUUAAGUGUGUGUGUGUGUGUGUGUGUGUGUGUGUGUGUGUGUGUGUGUGUGUGAAUGAGAGAAUGACUGCUCAGUUGUGAAUGUACAAUGAUGUGUUUGGGUGGAUCCUUGUUUCUGUGAAAUGGUAUUUUGAUUUUAAAAAUUGUCACUUGUAUUAAUACUAUGUAAAGUUGGGAUUGCAAUGCGGUAUUACCAAGGAUACCACGUUUUCUGUCCCAGUCAUAUUUCGCCCUGAUUAUGUUCAUUAGAAGCUGUUUUGUUUGUUUUUUCUUCCCCAUGCCACAUUUCAUAUGGAUCUCUGGUGCACAGGUGUCUCAGGGCACCGCUGACCUUGUAUUUCAUCUGCUUUCCUCUGGGGAGGGAGACCUACUGAUGCUUCUUCAAGAUAAUAAAGUAAAGGACAAUUAUUUCAAUGAAUGAAAUGAAACAAAAAUGGGACAUGCUCCAUGCUGUUAUUUUAAUUUAGUUUGAUGAAUUUAUUGUUAUUUUAUAUCAACAAAAAAUCUCUUAUGGGGUAUGGUUGAAUUUUGUGUGGUGUUGACUGUGAACAUUCACAUUUGAAAAGAAAAUGGAAAAAAGAAAUUUAUGAAAUAAAACAAAACACAGGA